AUGUUUAAGUUUAAUUUUUCUGAUGAUACAAAUCAAACAGAAGAUAAACUAGAGAGUAAAGUAUCCUGGUUUCCUGCUACACGAAUACCUGUCACUGAAAAAACUCCCCCUUCUGAUAAAGAUUGUUUAUCUUUACAAAUAACCGAAGAUUUAAAUCUAAAAAUCAUCAAUGUUGAUAAUCUUGUUGUGAAUCUCAGUAACAAAUAUGAAAAUAUCAUCCAAGCCGAGUCAGAACAUUCUGAUUUACUUCCUGCAGUCUAUGAAGGUGGUUUAAAAAUAUGGGAGUGCAGUUUUGAUUUAAUAAAAUAUUUAAGCAGUCAAAAUAUUAAUUUUAAAAAUCUUAAAGUUUUGGAUUUAGGAUGUGGAGCAGGAAUUGUUGGUAUUUUUGCUUUGAUGAAAGGAUCAUGUGUUCACUUUCAAGAUUAUAAUAGUGAAGUAAUUCAGCUUGUAACAAUACCAAAUGUUUUAUUAAACUUUCAAAGUACUGAAAAUAUAAACAAAAGAGUUGAAUUUUACUCUGGAGACUGGGAAUCUUUUAAUGAUUUGCUCUCCAAAGAUAAUAAUGAAAAGUACGACUUGAUUUUAACCUGCGAAACUAUUUACAAUACAGAAAAUCAGAGUAAAUUGUACGAAAUAUUUACCAGACAUUUAAAAACUACUGGAGUUGGAUAUGUAGCCGGUAAAAGUUACUACUUUGGUGUCGGUGGUAAUAUGAGAGAAUUUGAACAAUUGAUAAAACAAGAUAAUAGAUUAAAAGCCGAGAAUGUUUGGAAAAGUGACCAAGGGUUACAGAGGGAAAUAUUAAAAUUGACUUGGUGA